AUGUGGGUGGAGAUCAUCUGUGGUCUUGUAAUUUACCAAAUCGUUCGUCGUUUCUUCUACAACGACGAGUUUUCCGAUGUCGAGACUUCCGAUUCCACCGCUCUCUUCUCCGUUGCUCACAGACUUGAGAAGCUUUAUGGUGGAAAAGCUUACGUAGGGCUUCGAAUUCCAGAUGCAGAUACUGCUUCUAGGCAGGACAUCGAUGUUGUUCUCGUCACUAAAGGAGACGUUAUGGUGAUCGGUGUCAGAAAUCUAUCUGGGAUUGUCACGGUAAAGAGUGAUGGAAGCUGGGUUUGUGAAGGUGGGAAGCAUCAUAGAACUGAUACUUAUCCUGAUCCACUGGCCGAGGUUAAGAAACAAGCUUCAGUUCUUGAAUCGUAUCUUGAACAGAGAGGAGUUACUUUACUAGAAGGAAAUCUGUCUUGCAAAGUUGUAAUUCCCAAUCCAAGUUUCCGUACAAUGCAUGCAUUCCCGAGUGAGGUAAUUACCUACGAAGAGUGGCAACAUCUGAAACCAGUAUCAAGAAAUAAACUUUCUGGUUGGGUAAAAGGCGCAUUCGGCACGGGGAAGGAGAUGCAGGAAUCUCCAAAUCAAAAACUUAAUUUCAUACUUGGCACGGCACCAAUGUGGGAUAGGGUGGAACUUAAAAGCAGUAAAAUCGUGUUAGGGGAAUUCCUUGAGUUCAAAGGAAAGCAGGAAGACACUCUGGCUUUGAGACAUAUCAAAAGAUCGAAAAUCGACUCUAUCUCUAUUCAGAGUACAAGCAUGCUUGGGUUUGCUCCAUCGAGGUUGCAGGUUUUGUACUCGUAUAGGGACUACAGAAGUGAUGGUAGUUCGGGAUCAGAGUCGAAGGAAGUGACCGUAAGGUCGAGCACUGAAGUUGUCUUUCAGCCACGAGACUCGGCAAAGAUAAAGAAAUUCAAGCUAUCGUCUAUCAUAUCAGUUUCACUAAGUGCCUAA